CCCAAUAUUCUCUAUCAAGAAACAGAUGAAUCUAUAAAUGUAGUGCUAAUCGACUUUGAUUGGGCGGGUGAGGCUGGCAAAGUCUCUUAUCCUUCCUUCUUGAACAUUCGAAGUGUCAAAAGACAUUCUGAUGCAAGAUCUGAUAAGGAUUACCCGUAUAUGAAAUAUUAUAGUUAUAACGGUUCAAGUGAAUACAAAAAAGCAAUGCGUUUCUUGGAGAUAGGUUGCAAUUGUGGUUGUUCGAAAAUGAUUCCAAGAGAAAAAUUUGCCGAAUUACGUGAAGCGUUUCAAGCUCUGUAUAGAUCCGAGCAAGAUCUAUUUUUAAUGGCUCAACUUCAAGCAAUGAAUGGCGGCGAAAUAACCACCAGUCGACGCCUUAAAAAGAAAACGCGAAUUGGUCGCACUUCGAAAACUCCUGGUAGAAAUGUCAAUCGCAUUACUCAAUCGCUUACACUUUUGCCAGCUGAAACAAGUUACAAGUCAGUCUAUCGUGAUUUUAUUGCAGGUCUUGAAAACGAUAGCACAUUGAAAUUGUUAAAAUACGGCGCGUUUCGCAAGUUAUGGCACCAAUUAACGCUUUAUAUUCAAAUUAUGAGUCCAAGAACGGAUUUAUGCGACACGUGCCAACAUUUCCGGAAUGGCUUACAGUAUAAUGCCCGUAAGGAAGAAGAAGCAAAAGAGUUAUUGAAAAAAUACAAAGAACAUUUAGUUAAGGCCAAGUUAGAGAGAAACUAUUGCAACAAAAACGAAAUUAGCAGAACAACAGAGAAAAUUGCGCAAAAUGUUCACGUACCCCAUUCCGAUCAACAAGCAAGUAAAAUUUAUUAUCUCAGUCCACGUAAAGUGCAUUUAUUUGGUGUUCAAGAUGAAGCAGCACGCGAACAAAUUAAUUACAACGAAAUAAUAGGCAAGGCCCUAAUGGCACGCUAA